ACACUCACAUCUCUCCAGUCGUUCUUGGUCGUACCACAUGGAUGGUUAAACAGAACUCCUUUUUCAUCCAAUCGACAUGCGACUCAACUCCUGUGUGAGCAAGCCUCAGCUGCCCCGAAUGGUUCAGCUGAGUUGUUCAUCGCCGAUAUCGCAGGCACAAUCGUUGCAGUCCAACUACCAUGAAGCAUAACCCUUUCCGUAUCAGGUUCGUUGAGACUUUUAUCUGCCAUCGCAUCUGCAUUCCGUGCUGCAUAAAGAGAAAGUGGUCUUGUGCAAUAAUAUGUUGUCUGUCAUCGUUCCCCAUCCUACUAUCCCUAUUCUACUGCAACGAAGAUAAUCGCGAUGUUCUCCAAAUCCACCCUGACAUAUAUGCCGUUUCUCUGGUUCGUUACCCGCACUGUUGCGGCGUUUGACAUGUCAUCAAAUCAGAAUCUGGCUGUGUAUUGGGGUCAGAACUCAUAUGGAGCUGUCAAUCCGGACAAUACCGCACAAUGGCAGCAGCCCAUCUCUUAUUAUUGCAAUGACGCCAUAAUCGACACCUUCCCGAUAGCCUUUCUAGACGAGUUCUACUCGACAGACAAUCUCCCAUCCAUCGACCUUGCAAAUACUUGCAACACAGGCGAUAAUUCUCUUUUUCCAGGGACAAACCUCCUCAAUUGCUCAUUCCUCGCAUCAGGCAUCGAGACUUGUCAAGCUGCAGGAAAAAUCGUGACGAUCUCAUUGGGAGGAGCAACAGGCUCUAAUGGCUUUGCAAAUGACACCGAAGCAGCGGCAUAUGCACAGACAAUCUGGGAUCUUUUCCUGGGAGGUUCGAGCAGCAUGCGUCCUUUCGGGUCCGCCAUUUUGGACGGCAUUGAUAUGGACAUCGAAGGUGGCUCUCAGACUGGAUUUGUAUCUUUCUUGUCUGCCCUUCGUACCCUGAUGGAUGGUGGCAGUAAGCCGUACUACAUCACUGCGGCGCCUCAAUGUCCUUACCCCGAUGCCUACAUUGGAACUACUCUGAACGAGUUUGGAUUUGAUGCUGUAUAUGUCCAGUUUUAUAACAACUACUGCGGAUUGACGAAUUAUAAUAACCCGAAUGCUUGGGACUUUGCAACAUGGGACAAUUGGGCUCAUACGGUAUCCCCUAAUCCAGAUGUCAAAGUUUAUAUUGGUGCCCCAGCAUCAUCGAGCGCAGCUGGAUCCGGAUAUGUCAGUCCAUCGACGUUUACCCCAAUCAUCCAGGAAACAAUGGCCGAAUAUUCAUCUUUCGGAGGCGUUAUGCUAUGGGACGCGUCUCAGGCGUACGCAAAUGACAGAUACGACAUUUCUGUCAAGGAUGCACUGUUAGGCGGUACCUCUUCCCCUCCGCCGACUACGACUACGACUACGGCCACGGCCACGCCGACGAUUACGUCCACAAUCACGACCACGACCACGACUUCGCCGAUUACUACCACAACGAGCACCAGCACAACAUCAAGUCCUGCUCCCACAACAACAUCUGGCACUGUUUCCUGCGCUGGCGUGGCAGCAUGGCAAACUGGUGUUGCUUAUGUUGGAGGCGACGAAGUCACAUAUGGCGGGGACCUCUGGACUGCGAAUUGGUGGUCGGAGAGUGAUGUUCCAGGUGGCGCUUCCGGUGACUGGGCAAACAGUGGCGUAUGCACAUGACGAUUCUACCUCUGUGCGCUUUUGUUAGAUGUAG